CACCUCCCUGAAAAUAGAGCAAGUUUCACAGCUCUGGGCGGUCAGUCAGUCAAAGCCUCUUACCCUAACCAUGCGGUUUUGUAUCGAAAUUUCCGUGAUUUCCGCCCCCUUCCUGUCAGGACUACGAGUAUCAUGACACAACAUGAACGGAUACCUCACUUUCUGCGUCAUAUUGGGGUGUAUUUUCGUUGUGGUUCUUCAGUUCCUACUCAGCCCCGUUGAAGAUCUAUCUGAGACUGCUCUUACAGCAGAUCAGCCUGGGAAAGCUGACACUCGGCAGCCGAAACGGCGAGUGAAAAGGUACCUAAAUCUACCCGAGGGAGCUUCAGUUCAGCUGGUGUACUGUUUUUUAAUGACGAUACUUGGUUCUAACCAACAACUGACCUUUGGUAUAAGUUUGGGUAUAGCAUAUGAAGUGCCUUCAAAUAUUGGGAAUAUCCUUGCUGGUACCAGAACGCAGCACAGGCGUGACAAACGCUCUCUUUAUCCAAAAAUUGCUGUUUUUAUUGAUAAGCUAGGCUACGACGGAGAAAAUUGUGUUAACCGUUUUCUAUGUGAGACAAGACUGAAGGAAGACAAAAAUUUGACACUGAUAGAAAAAUUGUUUCAAGUAAUCUUUACGUAUCAGAAAGGAGAAGCAUACGAACCCGUUGAUAAAUAUGAUACUGCUCAUUCACAAGAAAAUUGCUCUCAAUAUACGGACGUUUGUCCAAUAACUAUAUUUUUACCAAAGCAACUUUUCGGUUGAGGUCCAUUUCGUGUUCUUUACAGAUAUUACUGCAGGUGAAUUAUUCAAUUGUAAAGCUUACUUUUCAUUUUUGUGGAUGAGAAAUAAUGUAAAUAAAAUUAGUUGAUGUUUUGUCAUUCAAA